UCCCUCUCCAGCUCUGGACGUCGCCGCUGCGCUCUGGAAGCUUAUCGAAGGGGCAGCUCAAGUGUGACGUUUCGUUUUCAUCCUGGCGCCGUGCCUGGGGCUCAUCACACCCUGCUGCGGAUUUGAACAGCGCUCAUCUAUUCCGGUGCGCAGGACUGCGUGCUUCCCAGCCACCUAGCACCCGGCGACCCGACUACAGCUGAGGACCCAACCAGACCGCCAACGCGGCGUCCGGCGAGGCCCAAGGCCCUCCCGUGCCCUCGGCCUCAGAGGAACACAGCCGGGGGCGGGGUCUCGCGAGCGCCGUACGGCACACGCGCCGAGAGACGCCGCGGGGGCGGGGCUACGUCGGGGCGGGGCCGCGGCGCGCGGGAAGCGCCAGCGGUUGCUGAGGGUCGGGUCCUCGGCCUCCGAGGCGCGUGAUGGCACUGUCGGUGCCCGGCUACUCGCCCAGUUUCAAAAGGCCGCCAGAGACAUUGCGGCUCCGACGGAAAAGGGGCCGGAGCCUUGGGGCCGCCUCCCCGACCGAGGAGCGGCCCGAGCCGGCGACCCGCCGCGCCGCCCUGACGGCCGGGCUGCCCCUCCGCCCUUUCCCGGCAGCGGGCAGAGGCGGCGGCGGCCCGGCCGCGUCCCGAAGGAACCCCUUCGCCCGCCUGGACAACCGGCCGCGGGCCGCCGCCGAGCCUCCCAGCGUGCCGUCCCGCGGCCAGCAGGAGGCGCCGGGCCCGUUUUUAGAUUCUAAUCAAGAAAAUGAUUUGCUCUGGGAAGAGAAGAUUCCUGAAAGAACAGCCGUUACUGAAUUACCCCAGACUCCUCAUGUAUCAUUCUCCGAAUCUGAUAUUCCAUCCUCAGAAAGUACUGAGUUACCUGUGGACUGGAGUAUUAAAACUCGACUCCUUUUCGCCUCUUCUCAACCCUUUACCUGGGCAGAUCAUUUGAAAGCACAGGAAGAGGCUCAAGGUGUCAUCCAGCAUUGUAGGGCAACAGAAGUUACUUUGCCUCAAAGUAUACAGGAUCCCAAACUCUCCACUGAGCUCCGUUGUGCCUUCCAGCAGAGCCUUAUCUAUUGGCUCCACCCUGCCUUGUCGUGGCUACCAUUGUUCCCUCGUAUUGGAGCUGACAGAAAAAUGGCUGGAAAGACAAACCCUUGGUCAAAUGAUGAAACCCUGCAACACAUUUUAAUGAGUGACUGGUGUGUGAGCUUUACUUCUCUGUAUAAUCUGCUGAAGACAAAACUUUGCCCCUAUUUCUACGUUUGUACCUAUCAGUUUACUAUCCUGUUCCGUGCAGCGGGAUUAGCAGGAGAUGAUGUAAUCACGGCUCUCAUGUCUCCUACAACUAGAGGUAUAAGAGAAGCUAUGAAAAACGAAGGUAUUGAAUUUUCUUUGCCUUUAAUAAAAGAAAGUGGCCAUGAGAAGAGGAAAGAGUCUGGAACAAGCUUGGAACAUGGGGAGGAGCAAGCAGUCAGCGAUGAGGAUGAAGAAGAAAGUUUUUCCUGGCUGGAAGAGAUGGGUGUGCAAGAUAAAAUUAAAAAACCAGAUGUACUUUCUAUCAAGCUGCGUAAAGAGAUACACGAAGUACAAAUGGAUCACAGACCCGAGUCUGUUGUGUUGGUGAAGGGAACAAAUACCUUUACAUUGCUAAAUUUUUUGAUCAACUGUAAGAGUUUAAUUGCUACCUCAGGUCCCCAGGCAGGACUUCCACCAACCCUCUUAUCACCUAUAGCUUUCCGAGGCGCCACAAUGCAAAUGCUUAAGGCGCGAAGUGUAAACGUGAAGACACAAGCUCCUUCUGGAUACAGAGAUCAAUUUAGUUUGGAGAUUACAGGUCCUGUCAUGCCUCAUUCUCUACAUUCAAUGACUAUGCUACUCAGAUCUUCACAGAGUGGGUCAUUUUCUGCAGGACUGUAUACACAUGAGCCAACUGCUGUAUUUAAUAUCUGCCCACCAAAGGAUAAAGUACUGGAUAAGGAGGCUGUUCAUGAGGAGCUUGCCAACUGUGGAUUGCACCCUAAAACUCUGGACCACCUUAGUCAAACACCGAUACUGGGGAAAUCAUCUUUACGGCAUGUGGCAAUGAGUGACUACAUUUAUAAUUGGAGAUCCUGAACACCAAACUUUUUAAUUAUCUGCUGGGGAGAAAACAUGCCAAUGAAGUGUGACUAGACAUUAAGUUCAACAUGGUACUCUGAUGGAAGGAGGCAGCUGUGGAGGUAAAAACAUACCCCUGGUUCAGUUCCUUACUUGGUGCAGGCCAUGCAGUGUUGGUGGACAGAGAAAAGUUAGCUGAUGCUUGGAUACCAACUGCCUUGUUGCUACACACCUAAAAUUACUUUUACUUACUUCCAGGUUCAUCCGCCCCUCUUUUCCAGGAAACACUCCUAAAAAAAAGGGCAACUGUGCAGAGUAUAAUACAAAUCCCCAAUAACGCAGGUUUCCGAUUUUGUUUCCAUUCUCUAAUAUCUUCAAAUCUUUACACCAGUGUGUAUACAGUUCAACAAAAAGCUAAUUAAUGAGACUACAAAAGUAAACAAUAUUCAUCAGGUCAUGUCCAAAUCAUUUCAUUCCAGAAAAUAAAGCUUCUUUCAAAUCAACAACCAUUUAAAUUUUUUUUUACUAAUAAUAAAGUCUCAUACUUUUUCAUCUAAGAAUACACUGCAGCAAAGUAAAAAAGAAUAUGGAGAAUGUUGGCAUUCCAUGUACUCUUUAACAUUAAAAGAGGGUGCUGGCCUACAGCAAGGCAAGAAAACACCAAAUGAACAUUCUGAAAAAGUUUUCUAAAUGAAACAAGUAGACAGUUUGUGAUACUUGACAGUGAAGAUGAAUGUUAAAUUUCUAGCUGCCUAAUGACUUUUUCCAUGUUUUUGCUCAUUUUUAUAAAUAAAAUGUUCCUGGCCUUAACUGAUAUUAGCAGCAUAUAUUGUUCAGUAACAUACAAAUGGAACUGAAAACACUGCUUUCUUCUAUAAUUAUUUAAAAAUUUGGUCUGAUGAAUGAACACAUCUUUCUCUUGUGAUAACUGAUCAGAAAUGACUUAUGUCUACAUCUUAAAUGAUGUAAAUUAUUUAAAAUGUGCCAACUGUCUACAAGACUGGAAAUCAAAAAAAAUUAAGGGAAAGUUUACAGGGAACCAAUUUAAUCAUUUUGUAAGAGUUAUGUUAAAGCGAUGACGUUUAGAAGUCUGUAGCAUUAUGUAUGGAUCCGAACUUCACUGCACAAAUGAAGACCAACUUUGCAAUGGAAUCACAUUCUGAAGUUUCUACCUAGUAAUGUAUGUACAUGACUAUUUAAUUAUUAUGUGCUAAACACCCACAUAAACUUCAAGUCUAACUUUCUCAAAUAUGGAGUACUCAACUUCAACAUUAAAUAGUAUUAAAGAACUAAAAUUGUUAAAGAAAUAGAUGUACAUUUAUAAUUAUUCCCAAUGAGAUGAAAGCCAUUUUUCAAGCACUACAUGAAUCACUUUGGUAUCUUAAAUACUGUAAUAUAAUUAGUCCAAAACUAAUUCAAGCUUAAAAAUAUUUUGCUAGAUUUUCAUCUUUUUUCCAACAUCAACCCCUAGUAAACUAAGUUGUAAUUUUUUUAACCAACUUGACUGUGUACUCACUAUAUGCAUAUUGGUGCAACUAUUCCCCCCCCCCCAAAAAGGGGGGCAGGCACAGUAAGGAUAUGCUUUACAUUAAUUUGUUAAGAAGAUCACCAGAGAUAAUGCUAUCAAAAUUGAAAAAAAGUUAUGAGAUUAAAAGGUCCAAAGCAACAAAAAAUAUGACUUAUCAGAAAUACUGGCACUCAGCAGUUUUCUAUAGGUACCCAUCCCAUUACUGAUCACCACCCUGCGAGGCAGGAAGAAGGCACUUGCAGACUGAAAUUCCAAGUAAUUACUUGCCACAAUCACAAAAGGAGUCAGGAGUACAGCAGGAUAAAGAAACCUUCCCAAUCCAUUAGACCACACAGCCUCCCAGUUUCAGCACUGCUAUGCUGCCAGUACUCCUGAAACAAAUUUCCCCAUCACCCAUCCAACCAAGCCACUCCCUUCACCAGAAUACAUUUUCUUCAGAAAGCCCUCUGUAACCACCUAAGACUCCCCCAACAAUGAGGCAGCCGUAGGUGGAGUGCACACGUCUCACUGCAGGAGGAAUCUGAAACCAGGAGCACCUACAUCUUCACAGCACGAGGCGUCCGUCCUCUCCCUUGAAUUUAGGUCUUACAUAUCCUGUUUUUUCACGAGAUCAGCGGUUCUCAAAUUGAACCUGUGGAUCACCAGAGGCCACCAGGGCC